CCAGACUUCCUCACCCCGCCGCAGCCCCCCUCCGGCUUCUCCUUUUCCUGCCCCAGGCAGCUCAAAGUGCCCCCUUACUUGGGCUACCGGUUCCUGGGGGAGCGGGACUGCGGGGCGCCCUGUGAGCCAGCCAGGCCCAACGGGCUCAUGUACUUCAAGGAGGCGGAGGUGCGAUUUGCCCGGCUGUGGGUGGGCGUGUGGUCUGUGCUCUGCUGUGCCUCCACCCUCUUCACUGUGCUCACCUACCUGGUGGACAUGCGCCGAUUCAGCUACCCAGAGCGGCCCAUCAUCUUCCUCUCAGGCUGCUACUUCAUGGUGGCAGUGGCCUAUGCUGCAGGUUUCCUGCUGGAGGAGCGAGUGGUGUGCCUGGAGCGCUUCUCUGAGGACGGCUACCGCACUGUGGCCCAAGGCACCAAGAAAGAAGGCUGCACGAUCCUCUUCAUGAUCCUCUAUUUCUUCGGCAUGGCCAGCUCCAUCUGGUGGGUCAUCCUAUCCCUCACAUGGUUCCUGGCUGCUGGCAUGAAAUGGGGCCAUGAAGCCAUUGAGGCCAACUCCCAAUAUUUCCACCUGGCUGCCUGGGCUGUGCCCGCUGUCAAAACCAUCACCAUCUUGGCCAUGGGGCAGGUGGAUGGGGACGUACUCAGUGGGGUGUGUUACGUAGGCAUCUACAGCGUGGACUCACUGCGGGGCUUUGUGCUGGCGCCUUUGUUUGUGUACCUCUUCAUUGGCACUUCCUUCUUGCUUGCUGGCUUCGUGUCCUUGUUUCGCAUCCGCACCAUCAUGAAGCAUGAUGGCACCAAGACGGAGAAACUGGAGAAGCUGAUGGUGCGCAUCGGUGUCUUCAGUGUCCUCUACACAGUGCCUGCCACCAUUGUCCUGGCAUGUUACUUCUAUGAACAGGCCUUCCGUGGCACCUGGGAGAAGACGUGGCUCCUCCAGACCUGCAAAACUUAUGCCGUGCCCUGUCCCAGCCACUUUGCCCCUAUGAGCCCAGACUUCACGGUCUUCAUGAUCAAGUACCUCAUGACCAUGAUUGUUGGUAUCACGACUGGCUUCUGGAUCUGGUCUGGCAAAACCCUUCAGUCUUGGCGACGCUUCUACCACAGACUUAGCACCGGCAGCAAAGGCGAGACGGCGGUAUGAGACCCCCCUGUCCCCUCUGGCACACAUACACGCAUGCACGCACAGUCGCAGAGGAGGGGGAUACUCCGCACCAGAGGAAGCCAAUGGCUCCCUGAAGAGGGAGGAAGGGAGGCUUUUCCAAACUUUUUCUUCCUCCCAGAGGGUUUGGGGGGAAAAAUAAAUCUUUGUGUAAAGGAUCACAGACUGUGGCCGGUAGUGCUUAUGCCCAGCUAAGUGGAAGAGCACAGAAAGAGCCCACUGGUGGGAUGGGACAGUCCUUCACCAGUAAGAAGACCCCUUACUUCUCCCCCCUGCCACCCCUGUGCAGGAAAAAACCCAACCCAACUAAAACCAUUCUGCUUUGCUUUGGAC